UAUUUCAUAUAGAACUAUGCAGUUCUAUUUUAGUAUGAAUUUAAACUUUUGUUGAGAAUGUUUAUUUAAACGCUUUGCAGAGCAAUGAGUAUACGAAAUUAUUUAUUAAUUGGUUUAACAAUAUUUGGAUUAGGAGUGAAUUGGUGUGAAGCAGUUGAUGAACCAUGUCCAAAUGCUCCAGUAACACCAUAUCCCAUAGUUCAGAAUCAUCAGCCUGUACCGAUUUAUCCGACUAAUAUUCCUUGUGCGGUUACUCAACAACCAAGUAGCCCUUGUUCUCAACCAUGUCAAACAUUGAAUAAUUGCGCGUAUCCACCGCAGCCUGUACCCACUUAUCCGACUAAUAACCCAUGUCCGGUUACUCCUUGUCAAACUUGUCCUUGUUCUCAACCAUGUAAAACAUUAAAUAAUUGUUCCUAUCCUAUCAAUUGUUCUAAUCCACCUGGUUGUGGAUCAACUACUUCUUGUGUGGGUUCAACAAAACCAUGUGCUGAAAUAUCAGCCCCAUGUGUAGGAUCAGCUCAGCCAUGUGAUACUACAACAACUCCCAAUUGUCAAACACCGCCAACAACUGUAACAAACCCGCCACCAACAACUUUACCACCACCACCACCACCAGAAACUACCCAACCUUAUGAGCCGCCCAUCACUACAACUACACUUCCUCCACCGGCGCCCAUUAUAAAAUGUCCUUCUGGCACCAUUCUUAUUGGUCAGGAAUGUCAUUUGUUAUAUUGUCCUCGCGGCUCUCAAAUGGAAAAUGGUCGCUGUAUAGUUAUUGAAUGUCCCGAUGGUACUGUUUGGACUGGACAUAGAUGUUCUGUACCAGAACCAAUCGUUCAUGAUCUUACAUUUAAUUAUAAUUUUAUAACAAAAAUCAAUCAAACCAAACCGGAUAUUGUACUUAAUAAUGUCAAUAAUAUUGUAGUUAAUGCCUCCACGACUAUAUACGAUGAAUCCAAUAACAAUAAUGAAUGCCAACAUGAUUAUGGAGAUUGUGAUGAUGAAAUUUCAACCGAAACAACAGCAACACAGCCACCCUCUUCGAGCACAAAAUGUUGCACAGUCAAGACGCCACGAAUGUGUGAGCAACGUAAUAAUCGUUGGCAAUGUUAUAGUCGCAGUUCUCGUCAAUGUGGUGAAUUUUGUGUUGCUCCUAUUAUCUAUCUACUAUCUCCUAGAAUAUACUCCAGACCCCAAUAUCUGGUAAUGCCUCCCAUGCAAUACGACUGCCAAAUGCAGGGAAAUUGUAGUCCAAUUGGAGGUGGUUAUGAUUGUUCUGGUUGUGCCAUUAACAAUAUGUCACAUUGUUCCCCUUACUGUUAUCGUUAUUCUUGUCCCUCACGUAAAUGUGAUUUUUAUGAUCAGCAAAAAUAUUGCGCCUACAACUUGGGCUCAUAUGGUUGUCAACAACAAGAUGGUUGUUUUGAUCAUUGGUGUCAAUGAGUAGGUAAUAUCACUUAAUCAAGAACUACACAUAUUUUAUAAGAGAUUAUCUGGCAAAGUCUUCUAAAUUUAUAAAUUAUAUUAAUAAUAAAACAAAACUAAA